GGAGCCAAGGGAGGGAGGGACCCGCCUGCCGCGCCCGGGCCGUUCGGCAUGUGUGGCCGCAGGCACCGGUCCCCUCUGCUGUCCCGGGGCUGAGCCGCGCCCGGGUGUCCAGGACGGUGUGUGCUCGAGUGUGUGUGUCCGCGCGGGCGAGCUCUGCACCGGCCCCGAGCCUCCCGCUCGCUUCCUCCGGCCGCGGUGCAUGUUCGCCUCCUGCCACUGUGUGCCGAGAGGGAGGAGGACCAUGAAAAUGAUCCACUUUCGGAGCUCCAGCAUCAAAUCGCUUAGCCAGGAGAUGAAAUGCACCAUCCGACUGCUGGACGACUCGGAGAUCUCCUGCCACAUCCAGAGGGAGACCAAAGGGCAGUUUCUUAUUGACCACAUCUGCAACUACUACAGCUUGCUGGAGAAGGACUACUUUGGCAUUCGUUAUGUGGACCCAGAGAAGCAGCGGCACUGGCUUGAACCUAACAAGUCCAUCUCCAAGCAAAUGAAAUCUCAUCCACCAUACACCAUGUGCUUUAGAGUGAAAUUCUACCCACACGAACCCUUGAAGAUUAAAGAAGAGCUCACCAGGUACCUUCUGUACCUGCAGAUUAAAAGGGAUAUUUUCCAUGGUCGACUGCUCUGCUCCUUUUCAGAUGCUGCCUACCUGGGUGCCUGCAUCGUUCAAGCUGAGCUCGGCGAUUAUGAUCCUGAUGAGCAUCCUGAGAAUUACAUCAGUGAGUUUGAGAUUUUCCCCAAGCAGUCACAGAAGCUGGAAAGAAAAAUAGUGGAAAUCCAUAAAAAUGAACUCAGAGGCCAGACCCCACCGGUUGCUGAAUUUAACUUACUCCUGAAAGCUCACACUUUGGAAACCUAUGGGGUGGAUCCCCACCCAUGCAAGGAUUCAACAGGCACAACAACAUUUUUAGGAUUCACUGCUGCAGGCUUUGUGGUAUUCCAGGGAAAUAAGAGAAUCCAUUUGAUCAAAUGGCCGGAUGUCUGCAAAUUGAAGUUUGAAGGGAAGACGUUUUAUGUGAUUGGCACCCAAAAGGAGAAGAAAGCCAUGUUGGCAUUCCAUACUUCAACACCAGCUGCCUGCAAACAUCUUUGGAAGUGUGGGGUGGAGAACCAGGCCUUUUAUAAGUAUGCAAAAUCCAGUCAGAUCAAGACCGUCUCAAGCAGCAAGAUAUUUUUUAAAGGAAGUAGAUUUCGAUAUAGUGGUAAAGUCGCCAAAGAGGUGGUGGAGGCGAGCUCCAAAAUCCAGAGAGAGCCUCCGGAGGUGCACAGAGCCAACAUGACACAGAGCCGCAGUUCCCACUCCUUGAACAAACAGCUCAUCAUUAACAUGGAGCCGCUGCAGCCCCUAUUGCCUUCCCCCAGCGAGCAGGAAGAGGAACUUCCACUGGGUGAAGGUGUUCCAUUGCCCAAAGAAGAUAACAUUUCUGCCCCCUUGAUCUCCAGCUCACCAGUGAAGGAAUCCCGCGAGUAUGAAGAACCUUCAAGUGAAGAGGAAGAUAAAAUAAAAGAGGAGCCCUUGACCAUCUCCGAACUGGCAUACAACCCAAGUGCCAGUCUGCUCCCUACCCCAGUUGAUGAUGAUGAGAUCGACAUGCUCUUUGACUGUCCAUCUCGGCUGGAGCUGGAAAGAGAAGACACAGAUUCAUUUGAGGAACUGGAAGCAGAUGAAAACGCCUUUUUAAUGGCCGAAGAAGAGGAGCUGAAGGAGGCUCGCCAGGCUUUGUCAUGGAGCUAUGACAUUCUGAGUGGCCAUAUUCGGGUGAACCCACUGGUCAAGAGUUUUUCCCGGCUCCUUGUGGUGGGCCUGGGCCUGCUGCUCUUUGUAUUUCCCCUGCUCCUCCUCCUUUUGGAGUCAGGUAUUGAUCUCUCCUUCUUAUGUGAAAUCCGCCAGACGCCCGAGUUUGAGCAGUUUCACUAUGAGUACUACUGUCCUCUCAAGGAGUGGGUGGCUGGCAAAGUCAACCUCGUUCUCUAUAUGCUGGGUUGCUCAUAAAGCUCAUCUCUCAUAUGACUAAGGGCUAUAUUCAAUACUAGUGAUUUGGUUCUUUUGGCAAAUGCCUGGUUCUGAACGGUCACAGGACCGUCAACAGGUGUUCCUCAGUCGUAACUGAUUAUUCACACCUUUAAGUUAGCUUUCCAUCAUUCACUGCGAUUAAAUGAGUUCAAAUCAAAUACAGUUAUUUUAGUUACAGGUCAGGAAGACGGCCUCUAAAUAACCAAAAAUAUGUUUAUUUUUCUUAUAGUACAGACAUACUCUUUAUCUAUUAAUAUUCACUGAGCUGAAUUUAGGUCUCCUUUUUUUAAUAGCACCAUUAUAAGGUUCAGAAUCUGAAUUUUAGUAAAAACCCAAAAGAAGGUUUUUUUGAAUAUAAUCCUUAGUGAAAACAAUGUCCUUUAACCAAUGCCUAUACAACUAAAUUUGUGCUGGGCUUUUGUUUGUUUUUUUAAAAGUAUUUUUAUGUGUUCCAACUAUUUUGGUAAAUUUUUAGCAAAAAAAAAAAAAAAACCCACAAAAAACCGAAGCCCCCUGGAGUUAUUUAAGUGUACAGAUUGUAAGACUAAUGCACAAAGGGUAUGUCAGGAAUCUUUUAAUGUUUUGGCACGGGUUUGUUUUUUAAAAUAUUUUUUGCUGAACAAUCACAUAAUUUGUCGUUACCUGCAUAUGAGAUAGAAAAUAGGUAGAAAAACACUGUAGAGAGUAAGUUCCUGAAGUGGAUGAUGGACCUGGAGGAUGUAGAAAUUGAGAGCAUCAAGUGGACACAGGGUGGUCCGUUUUUCAACGUAUUUGGACAAGAUGACUUGUUACUUUCAUUUCCAUUCUGUCCAUGUAUUUUGGCUGGGGAGAUAGAAUGUUCUUCAAAGAAAGUGAAACUUUAAAGGAAACAAGUUAAAGGAGAUACUAGUUAAUUGCAUAGUAUUGUGCAUUAACUCAAGAGUAGAAGCAGAUAGGAACUGGACAAAUGGCAAGUAGCAAAACAGAGUUCUGGUGAAGCUGGUAGGAAAGAGGUGGUGGUAGACAAACCAUCAAUUCAUGAAAAGUGAUGGUGACGCAAGGUACUGAAUGAUGCAAAGAACAGUGUGCUCACUGUCCGAGUUGACAUGACUGUGUUUAAGUGGAUCUAAAUAAAAGUGGAGAAACUUUGAGGAACUUUUUUUGGUUCCUCAUGCCAUUCAUUGAGAUUCUGUGGAAGACACUUUAAAAGAAGUGUGGGUUUGAUCCCUGGCCUCGCUCAGCAGGUUAAGGAUCUGGCAUUGCCAUGAGCUGUGGUGUAGACCCCUAGCCUGGGAACCUCCAUAUGCCGUGGGUGCGGCCCUAGAAAAGACAAAAAUAAAAUUAAAUUAAAGAAAAAUGAAGUGUGUGUGAGAGAGAGAGAAAGAAUGGAUCUUGGCUUUUGAUAAAUGCCUAUGAUCUUCCGUUGUGGUGAUCAUUCUACUCUUUUCCUUUCCUGGAUUCCUGAAGAUCUUAACUCAUUCAUAAUCGGGGCUCUCAUUAAGACAGUGGAGGGGACUCAUUAGGUAAAAGACCAUUUCAGCUUGGGUGAAAGAGUGAAAUGACUCCCUACUCAGAUGGUAGAGAGGACAAAGGGGACCAAGGGGACCUUCUUUCAUACCAUUAAAUUCAUGACAGAAAGGCUGUGACGCCUUCCUUGUGGAGUACUUACCAGUACUGUGAAAGAGAAGAGUAGGGAGGAGUUCUCUUGUGCAGUGGGUUAAGGAUCCACUGUGGUCACGGCAGGGGCUUGGGUGGCUGCUGUGGUGUGGAUUUGAUCCAGAAACUUUCACAUGCUGUAAGCAUGGUCUGAAAAAAAAAGAGGAAAUGAGUAUGGAUGGAGCUUAAGGAUUUCUCCAUAGACUGUAAAUGAAGGCAUGGAAUGUUUUCAAAGGGAUUGGGCUGCCUGUCUCCCUAACCCUUCCAGCCCUGUAGCUCCAACAGCUUUGUCAGAUAUUUAAUUUUGUAAAUAAGUUUAAAAACUCAGCUCAUGAAGUCUUCAGCUGAUCCAAUUAUAAUCUAAUUUGCUAUUAAGUUGAUAGGGUGUUGUUUUGCAUCUAUUUUGCUUUUUAAUAAAGAAUAUUUGAUACCUGAAAUUUGAUACCAAUGUAGAAAAACAUUUUUCUAUAGGUUAUUUGGGAAGUGUGCAGAUGGUCACCUUUGAAAUUGAAGUGUUCCCCCCAACCCGGCCCUUGUUAUGACUUAAGGUCAUACUUUCUGACAUAAGAGUACCCCAGUGUAGUCUGCACAAAAUUAGAUCCCCUCUUCUAAUCAUGCUUUAUACCAUUUUCUUUGAAGUUCUAAUCAAAACAAAUCACUAGCCCUUGCCCUUUUAAACUAAUAUUGAAUAAUGUUGUUAAAAUUAUGGAAGUAAUAUAUUACCCAUCAUAAAACAUUGAAAAACACUAAGAGGCUAAACAUCAUGCAUAGUCCAGCCAUGCAGAUUUAUAUUAAAGAAUAGUAAGUACAUAAUUUUAACAUUUCCAGCUAACAUCUCUUUCCUCUUAGGCAAAAAAUCACAGUUGAAUAGAAAUGUUUUUAAAUGAAGGAGCUGACAGGAUAGGGUCUGCUGAAUUUAAACAAUAGCUACCAAAAGUAAAACUCAGAUCUUGAAAUGCCAUUUUGUCAAGAUAGUCAGUGUUUUUAGAAAAAUCUGCUUAAGUUGUCACAGAAGAGAGUCACCAGUUGCCUGAAUCAAAGGAAAAGACUGCUUCCAAAGAUGAAGAAUAUAUAAUAUAGUAAGAUACAGAAUUCUAAGCCAAGUGUGUGAGUAUAUGUAUAUUCCAUAUUAUUGGUACAUAUGUGUUCAUAUAUGAAUCUGUAUAUAUGUGUGUAUUUAUAUACACACAACUGAUAUGCCCUUCAUCCAUAGUUGUUUUUAUUUUUCCCCAGUUGAGAAAUUUGUGACAUGCUGUUAUUCCUUUUCCCUCACAUAUCAUAGUGAAUAAAACCCAGUCUCAAAGGUUUCAAUUUUUCAUGAAAACCACUGUGUGGACAUGUGUGGUUUUAUAUACACACAUAUAUGGCAAAUACAUAUACACACACAAUCUUGUCUUUAGUGCUAAUGCAAGUUGGAUCAUGAAAACCAUGUAGGUGAAGUACCGUGUAUUUCUGUCUGUGCUUGGAACUUACUGUAAAAUGUUAUGUAUCUGGAAUAUAUUUUGUGGUUUGUCUAAUAUCUUUAUAAAGGCAACUCUGGGAAGAAUUCAAACUGAAUUGGUUUCAUCGAAAUACUAGAGAUAUGGGGGCCAUGUUACCUGCGAUUGGAGCCUUAUCUUUGUAUAGUGAAAUUUGCAUUUCUAUGUUAACAUUCAGAUUGUUUUAUAUGUUAAUAUGGUGGCAGGAAUCCCUAAUAAAAAUACUCUGGGGAAAAAAUG